AUGGCAUUUUAUGGGUACCAAUGCAAGCAGCAGUGCUAUGUUCCAGGCAGGGUGAAGCACACCACGCCAGUCUUCACGCAGUGCCACCACCACCCCAGCGCAGUGAACUGCGUGCAGUGUGCACCAUGUGCUUCCACAGGCGCCAAGCUGUGCACGGUGAGGAAGACCAUGCACAGCAGCCCCAAGUGCUCCGCACCAUGUUCCUCACAAUGUGUUGAGACACACAUUGUGCAGGGCCAGUCUUCAUCCUGUUGCCCCAGGUCUCCUGAUCCAUGUACCGUGACAUUCCCUCAGUCCCACGUGCAGGGCAGGGAACAUCUCUGCCUGCCACGCUGUGGCCAGCCAUGCGUUACAGGGUGCCCCCAGGCAUGCACUCCAACUCACGUGUACCACCACAGCUCAUAUCCUUAUUCAUACCAGUGGUGCAAUAGCUACCACUACAACUGUGGGCAACAAUAA